AUCCCCUUUCCUCCGUGAAGAUCUGGGUCAGUCACAAGUGCUUCAGUUUCUUCGAUUUGACUGAGGGAGGCUUUGACUCCAAAAAAUUAACACUUGAGUGUACCUGGCCACAGCUUAGCACAUCCAGGGUGUUUCCACCCUUUCUUUGGGAUCCUCAGGGCUGGAUGGAGCCGGUCCUUCCCGUCUCUCCUUAUACUCGCGCACUCACGCUGGCUGGAACAAGUCCUCCAAGUAGAACGAGGAGCGGGUUUUAGCGGCGCUCUAGACCGCCGAGAGCAUACGCCCGCCCCACACGGGGCCCCUGAUUGUCUGAAGGUUGCGCUGGCACGUGCAACUUUCGGGACAGAGGCUGUGGCUGGAAGGAGCUGGGCAUCCGGCCUGAGGCGCAGCGGUCGCGUUAGUUCGGCCCAAUGGUGGCACCGCUGCUUCACACGCGUUUGCCGGGAGAUGCGGCCGCUUCGUCCUCUGCAGUCAAGACGCUGGGCGCGUCGAGGACUGGGAUUUCAAAUAUGCGUGCAUUAGAGAAUGAUUUUUUCAAUUCUCCCCCAAGAAAAACUGUUCAGUUUGGUGGAACUGUGACAGAAGUCUUGCUGAAGUACAAAAAGGGUGAAACAAAUGACUUUGAGUUGUUGAAGAACCAGCUGUUAGAUCCAGACAUAAAGGUAAUUAAUUUUGUGUUUGAUCAUUAGCAAAAUUAUUGCCACUUUAUACAGACAUAGUUUGCUCUUUGGGUCCCAUUCUGUUCUGCAGAACUUGCUCUCUCCAUGGUCCUCCCUUACUUUAGUCUGGUGGUUCUCAACCAGGGACAGUUUUACCCCCUAGAAGACAUUUGGUGAUGGCUGCAGAUAUUUUUGUCACAAUUGGGAGGAAAGGGUGCUACUGGCAUCUAGUGGGUGAAUGACAGAGAUGCUGCUAAACAUCUCACAGUGCACAGGGUAGCCUCCCAUAACCAAGAGUGAUCCAGCCCCAAAUGACAACAGUGUUGAGGCUGGGAAACCCUGCUCUAAUGCUUCCUUUCUGUUAGAUUACUACCUCUUUCCUCCAUGCUGCAUGCAACUCUUUUGUCUCUUUAAAGCUAAAACAAACCAAAAAAAAAAAAAAAAAAAAAAAACCACUGUUUCAGCAUUUCCAGGUUCGAGAUACACCUAUCAUGUAGUAAAACCUUAAUACAUUUUGUUUCACCAUUCUUCCUUUACUGCCCAGUUUUGAAGAGAAUGGUUUAUUACCAUGGCAGUGGUAGUUAGAUUGCCUGGAAUGAAAUUCCAAUUUUAUUAUCCAGUGUGUGAUCUUGAGCAAAUUGUUUUAACCUCUCUGCCUCUAUUUUCCACUGUGUGAAACCAAGAAAACAAUAGAGAUUUAAAAAAUAUGGAGUGUUUUGUUUUUUAAGAGAUGUGGUCUUGCUGUGUUGCUCUAGCUAUUCACAGGUGUGAUCAUAGUGCACUACAGCCUUGAACUCCUGGCCUCAAAUGAUCCUUUCUCUUCAGCCUUCUAAAAAGCUGGGACUAUAGGUGCAUGCCACUGUGCCUGGCUUUAAACAUGGAAAUACUUAACAAGGAUUCAAUGAGCUAAUAUGCAAGAAGCACUUAGAACAGUCUCUGACUCAAAGUAAGGACAGUAAUUGUCAUCUGUUGUUUUUGUUCCAGCUGACUGCGCUGUAUCAUUUCUCACUCACAUUUAAGUCCACUGUUCUUAUCACUGUAGUAAUUACCCUGACAGUUUACCCGUGUUUUUUUUUUACAUGCUGAUUUCAGUGGACUUUUUUUGAGACAAAGUCUCCUUCUUGUCACCCAGGCUGGAGUGCAGUGGUGUGAUCUGGGCUCACUGCAAACUUUGCCUCCUGGGUUCAAGCAAUUCUCCUGCCUCAGCCUCCCAAAUAGCUGAGAUUACAGGCAC